UCACAUUAUUUUUAAAUUUUUUAAAAUGUCUUUAAUCAACCGAAUUUUAUUACAAGAGUUACUAGCAGACGACGAUUUAGAAAAUUGUGUACGCGUUGUAAUUCAAAGUGAUUCUUUGAAGGAACUUCAUGCUGAAAAAAAAAACUCGCCAAAAUAAGUGGAUAUUAUGAAAAUGUAAUAAAAAUGUACAAUGAGGAUCAAUUUCAUAACUUUUUUCGAAUGACUCGCACGAAUAUGGAGAAUUUUCUAAUGAAAAUUGCUCCAAAAUUUCCGAGAUCAAAAUCUAAAAUACGCAUUGAAAAAAAAAUUAUGAUCGCUGUAUGGACACUUGCUACACAAGAAACGUAUUGCUCUAUUGCCGAUAGAUUUGGAUGUGCGACAGGAACAAUUUUCAACAUUGUUAGAGAGGUUUUUACUGUUUUAAAAAAAAAUAUUUCUGAUGUUGUUAUCUUCCCGAACGAAACUGAAAAAAUAAGAAUUUCGAAAGUAUUUAAGAAAAAAUCAAAAAUUCCCGGCAUUAUUGGCUCUAUCGAUGGAUCUCAUAUUGCCAUUAAGGCACCUUCACACAAUAAUGUUGAUUACUAUAAUCGAAAACAGCAUCAUUCGUUCAUUUUACAAGGGAUUUGUGACGACCAUUUACGUUUUACCGACAUUUAUGUUGGUGCUCCUGGUCGUAUGCACGACGCGAAAGUGUUCAAAUGCAGCCCAAUUUUUUUAAAAUUAAACGAAAUAGACUUUUUAUCAACUGAACAUCAUUUAAUGGGUGACGGCGCUUAUCCUAAUAAUAAAUUUAUGAUUACACCGUUUCGAGAUAAUGGACAAUUGGAUUCUACGAAGACGAGUUUUAAUAUUUCGUUAUCAUCAGUUCGUCAGUGUAUUGAACGUGCAUUCGGAUUAUUAAAAACUAAAUUCCGAAGACUACGUUAUAUUGAUAUAGAAAACGCAAAUUUUGGUAUAGAUAUGGUUGUAUCUGCAAUAUAUCUCCACAAUUUUAUUUUGAAUGAAAUGUUAACAGAAUGCGAGACAGAGGAACCAGAUGAAGAUAAUAACCUCUAG